CUUCGAUCUUCAAGUACGUAUCUAUCACUUGGCCCAGGAUGGGCUGGUUUGGAGUGGCUACACUCAUUGCGACCGCAUGCUUCCUACUCUACCGUCAUCCCCCUUCAAGCUGGACAUCCGAGCCGCCCAUCUCCCCGCCGCCGAACCCAACUUCCGAAAAGCCACCUACCACUCGCGAUGAAGCGGUAGUGAAGGAUAACCCUGAAUCCCCUCAAGAGGACGGAGCUACAGAGGAGUCAACACCCAAAGCAUCAGCAUCAAGUGCACCAACACUUGAAGUACCGACGCUCCAUUUAGACGGUGACAAGGCCGACGAAACUACCGAGAGAUUAGCCGAUACGAAGUCUGUCCAGAAUGGCUCAGCGAAACCAUCAGAACUGGCUGCUGCCGCAGUCAACAGUACACUCAUGAUGCCACCUCCACCCCAACUCCCCGCAAGAAGUUCCUCCUUAAUGCCUCCUCCACCUCCUCGACUCCGCCCGACAACUUCCCAAACCCAGCAACCCCAAUCCGCCUCCGCGGGACGAUACCCCCCGCGCCUGAACGCAGGCAGUUCCCUCCGUCCGCCACCAUCUGCAGCGGCUUCCCUACGCGUACCCCCCUCUAGCCGUCCCACAGGCAAUAGCCUCGCGCCCGUCAAACUCACCGCACAGCCCUCCAGCUCCUCGAAGCGGGCGGUUCUCGAGCCGGGUUAUUCCCCCCUAGACUGGGCGGCGCUGACAUCCAACCCCAAUAACAAGUUGCGGGGAGCCAAUCUACCCCCGACUCUGGUCAAAGUGACACCGUCGAUGCUAAAGACGCAGAACGGGCGUAAGGGUAACGAUGCCUGGACCUCGUACCAAGGUAAGGUAUACAACAUCACGCCGUACGUCCCGUUCCAUCCAGGCGGGAAGGGAGAACUCCUUCGGGGAGCUGGGAAAGAUUCGGCGAAGUUAUUCAUGGAGGUUCACCCUUGGGUGAACUGGGAUGCCAUUCUGGGGGAGUGUCUUGUAGGGAUCCUAGUUUCGGAGAACGACGCAGUGGCAGAGAACGCUCUCGAUGCCAUGGACUGAUUUAUAUCUUCUAUUCGGUUUUUUUUUUCCUUUCUUGGAUCGCUAGACUUGAGACGACCGAUUGUAUUAUAAUAGAGGCUUCGCAUGAUACCCGAAGAUACAGACAUACAUAC